GUUAUGGUGGCCAAUAAGAAGAGUCAGGAGCAGAUGACAGAAGACCUUUCGCUUUUCCUUGGAAACAAUACUGUCAGGUUUACUGUAUGGCAAGCAGCAAAUUUGGUACCUCGCUGAAAUGUUUUUGCUCACCAACAUGUCUCGAAGAAUAUUGUCGGUAAACACAAAGCGUAUUGGAAGAACCCAAGUUGUAUUAAGUGCUGUGAAUUGUAUAUUUUUUAGGCUCCAUGGUGUUUUGGAUAAGCUGCGAUCUGUAACUACUGAGCCAUCUGGUACAAAAUCUUCAGAACCUAAUAUUUUUGAGAGCAACCAUUCUUCCAGCAAAAGUAGCUCAUGUGUGAGUGAUGAGAGGAGGCGUGAGGAUACCUUGCCACCUCUUCCAGUCUCCAGCACUCGAUCUGAAAGAACUGACUCAAGAGUUUCAACCAGUUCACAGGAACAAAGAAACACUGCUUCACGGCAGUCUUGUGAAGAUGGUUCUGCCUCCCGCUUAAUGUCUACAGUCAAGCCCUUGAGGGAAUUGUCACCUUCUGAAGCUGUAAUUGACAUUAAACCCGAACCAGAUGAUCUAAUUGAUGAGGACCUAAACUUUGUACAGGAGAAUCCUUUGUCACGGAAGAAACCUAUUGUAACUGUAACUUACGGUUCUUCUCGACCUACUGCUGAAAUCUACCGACCACCAGCUAGCAGGAGUGCAGAUGGCAGCUUACAGGUGCACAGAUUGCCGCAGCAAGGCAACCUGCAGGGGAGCCGGCCGUUAGAUACACAGAGCUGCAGGUCUUUGGAAACAGUCCAGCUGUGCAAUCCAGAAGCAUUUGGCAGCUUAGCGGAGAGUUACAGACCCACCUCCAAACUCAGUGCCGAUAAAGUGGGCAGUGAGGAAGAAGGCUCCAGGAAGAGAAGGUUGCCUAUUGUAAGCUCAGUAGUCAAGGUUAAAAAGUUCUGUAACGACGGUGAAGAAGAGGAGGAGGAGGAGGACUAUGGACUGCGGACAGGAAGCAUCUCCAGCAGUGUGUCUGUACCUGCAAAGCCAGAAAGAAGACCUUCGCUGCCACCUUCAAAACAGGCCAAUAAGAAUUUAAUACUGAAAGCAAUCUCCGAAGCACAGGAAUCAGUUACAAAAACAACAAAUUAUUCUGCAGUUCCACAGAAACAGACUGUUCCCGUUGCACCAAGAACUCGAAUCAGCCCAGAAGAAUCUCACUUAGAAGUAAUCCAUCUGCAAAGCAGACUCCCUGCUCUGUGUUCUCAGCUUCAAGUAGAAGAGCCAAAGGAGCAGACAGUUGAAGGAAUUCAAGGAGCAGAACAAAAGGAGCUCUCUUCUCGGCUGCAGGUAGAUCCCAUCGUUGAGGAUACCUUGCAAAUAACUCAAGAUUAUUACGAUGGAGAAUCGAUGGUCCAUACUGAUACGAGGUCAUUCAUCUUGAAGAAGCCCAAACUGUCUGAGGAAAUAGCACCACAGAAUCAGCAACUGGGAAAGAGGGCCACAGAGGCAAUGCGAGUGCUCUCGGGACGUCUGAUACAGACACGAGACCAGAUUGCACAGCCAGAGAAACCUGCUAGUCCCAAGUUCAUCGUGACACUGGAUGGUGUGCCCAGUCCCCCGGGAUACCUUUCAGAUCAAGAAGAGGAAGAUAUGUACAUAACUGAAGGAUUAAAGCCAAUUACCCAAAAUAUAUGUGCAGGCAAAGGAUUGAAAGGCCUUCGAGCACAGCAGAUUGUAACCCGGCAGCUAGACAAUUCUGAUGUGGAAAUGGAACAGCUGAAUGUGCUACAGAAACAGGAGAAGGUGCUCGAGCGCUGCAAGUACUGGCCUGCUUGCAAAAAUGGAGAUGAAUGUGUGUACCAUCACCCCACACAGCCUUGCAAAGUUUUUCCCAACUGCAAGUUUGCUGAUAAAUGCUUGUUCAUCCAUCCAAACUGUAAAUAUGAUGCGAAAUGCACUAAGCCAGACUGCCCUUACACUCAUGCCAGUCGACGAAACCCCCUUCCAUCUCCAAAACCAGCACCACUGCCCACACAGUCUAUAUCCUCCAGCAGCCCGCUGUGCAAGUUUUUUCCUGCUUGUAAGAAAAUGGAAUGUCCAUUUUACCACCCAAAACAUUGUAGGUUUAACACCCAGUGUACAAGGCCAGACUGCACAUUCUACCAUCCAACUAUUGCUGUCCCUCCACGCCAUGCCUUGAAAUGGACUCGAACUCAAACCAGUGAAUGACGGUGAUACAAAUGGGGACUGAACUUUGCCUCCUUUGGACAGUAGUGGAAAGGACAGUUAACCACUGGGCACGGGAUGUUAGAAGAAUUCAUGCGUUUUGAACUUUUAAUAUACAUUGUUUUCAUAAAACAAAGUUGAUUGCAUACUUGAAAUGUCUCUAAUUUUCCAAGUUUGUAAGCUUGAGCAAUUUUACAUUUUUUUUUUACACGGUAAGAUGAUGUCUGUGUAAUAAAGUUUACUUUAAAUUCCAUUAAAAACUUUCAAAGCACA